ACCAAUCGGAAAGCGCCGUGUAAGGUUUUUCAAGGAAACCUGACGUUCACAACAAAUGAUAAAGAAAAGUCAAAACAAGCGAAUGACGUCUAGCAAAUAAAAUACAAGGAAACCAUGCCAAACAAAGCCUGAUACGCCACACAUGCGUUCUAGCAAUACAUGUGUACAGUAAUUGUAAUAUUCCAAGUCAAUGUGGGUGAUUGACAGCUGUACCGAUUAAGACUAUUAAUUUGUUCAACUCAAAUACCCCACUGUUAUUUACGUUAGGUUUGCCAAUGAUACAAAUAAAAUAUAACCGUGCCUCUGUUCACAAUGUAUUUUUUGCCUCUAGAUGGAGACAAAUAAUCAUCCAAAACCGUGAAAGAACCUUUUUGUACUGCAUCCCUAUUUGUAAAUCACCUUAAAAAAUAAAAGCUUAUCUCUUAUUUUGCUGUCGUACCGGAAGUCGCCCUUUCGAUUAUUAUAGCUUGAUUUAGAGUUGCGCGAUUUCAAUCCAACUUUGUCCACUCCCAGAGACGCCAAACCUCAGCGCGUGAAAGCAAGGACACUUAAACCACUGCUUCGGAAUUUCUCUUUUUAUUUAAUUGCAUCAUUAAUCACUUGUACUUGAUUUUGACAAAAAUAUAGGGACACCCCGCCCCUACUCCAACACAAUGUGGGGGACCCACAGGAGUCGGUACCGGAGCGGCUCCGGAGCCAGCGAGGAGCCCGAGAUCGUGGUGAACAUCGGCGGCCUGAAACAGGUGUUCUGCCGGGACGUUCUCAACCGCUUCCCGGACACUCGCCUGGCCGAACUGGUGAACUCGGUGUCCCCCCUCCCCACGGAGGACAUCUCCUCCUUGUGCGAUGACUAUGACCCUGAAAAAGGAGAGUUUUAUUUCGACAGGGAUCCGGACGCCUUCAAAUGCAUCACGGAGCUUUAUUACUACGGCGAGAUUCACGUCAAGCGAGGCAUCUGCCCCAUCUGCUUUAUGAAGGAGAUGGACUUUUGGAAAAUUGACUCGGAUUUCCUGGAUGAGUGCUGCAAAAGCCACUUGAAGGAGGUGGAAGAGGAGCUGGAGGAGAUCGCCGAGAAAGUGAGGACCAUCCUGGUGGACCGGGAUGGAGACCCGAGCGUCAGUGGUUGGCAGCGCUUCCAGACGUGUGUGUGGAGGCUGAUGGAGAAGCCCGAGUCGUCCUUGGCUGCUCACAUCAUCGCCAUCCUCUCCUUCGUCUUUAUCCUGGUCUCCUCCGUGGUCAUGUGCGUCAGCACAAUACCGGACCUGCAGGUGGAGGACGAGGAGGGGAACCUCAUGGAGAACCCCAUCUUGGAGUGCAUCGAGACGGUGUGCAUCGGCUGGUUCACCAUCGAGUACGUGCUGCGCCUGGUCUCGUCCCCGAACAAAGUCAAGUUUGCGCUGGCCUUCAUGAACGUGGUGGACUUCAUGGCCAUCAUGCCCUUCUUCAUGGUGCUCCUCCUCACCUCGCUGGGCGCCGGCGUGAUGGAGCUGGCCAACGUGCAGCAGGCGGUGCAGGCCUUACGCAUCAUGCGCAUCGCCCGCAUCUUCAAAUUGGCGCGCCACUCGUCGGGACUCCAGACCCUCACCAGUGCCCUGAAGAGCAGCCUGAAGGAGUUGGGCCUGCUCCUCAUGUACAUGGGCGUCGGGGUGUUCCUCUUCUCGGCGCUGGGCUACACCGUGGAGCAGCACCAUCCGGAGACCUUGUUCACCAGCAUCCCGCAGUCAUUCUGGUGGGCCGUGAUCACCAUGACCACGGUGGGCUACGGCGAUGUGUACCCCAAGACCACCUUGGGCCGUUGCAAUGCCGCCAUCAGCUUCCUGUGCGGCGUGAUUGCCAUCGCCUUGCCCAUCCAUCCCAUCAUCAACAAUUUUGUCCUGUUCUACAAUAAGCAGCAGGUUCUGGAGACGGCCGCCAAGCACGAGAUCGAACUGAUGGCGCUGCGCUCCGAUCAGGAUGGCGGCGGGAAACACGUGUGUGGGGUACUGCUGAAGAGCCCCCGCAAGGCUAACCGGGGCCCCGACCUCCAAGCUAGCCUUGAGAGAACAGCUGAAAACAAACAUUCUCCGGUUCUCUGAACAGUUCCUCACAUGGACAGGAUGGCAAAGCAUGCCAAAAUGCAGCUCUGGAAAAAAAAAUAAAAU